AUGAAGCCACGUGCACCCCAACAGAUUCUUGAUAGUGAUUUCUAUGGAUUGAACAUUCAACGUCUGCUGCUGGCUAACAACUCAAUAAGUGAGUUGAGACCCCUUUCAUUUUGGGGGCUGGGGAAUUCCCUGGAAACCCUAGAUCUCAGCUACAACAAACUUAGAAAAGUUCCAAAUGAAGCGCUGAAGUUGUUGAUCAAACUGAAGACACUUGUCUUAACUGGGAAUGCCAUCCAAUCCAUUGGACCCCACGAACUCGGUUUCAUGAAAUCUCUGGAAGUUCUGACUCUGGACAAGAACCCCAUAACCUCCAUCCAUCCCUCCUUCAUCAGCGGCUCCAACAACUUGAACCUCCUCAGUCUAGAUGCCAUCAAACUGGAUAAGAAACUGGAGAGUGUGGCUGCCAUCAAUGCCAACAACGUUAAAGGUCUGUCCCUAACCCGCAACCACCUAACUUUCCUCCCCCCACGAUGGGGCGUCAACUUCACCUUACUCACCCUACUCAACCUAGGCCACAAUCGGCUCGGUGACGUCAUCAAAAUGGAGGAUUGCUUCGUCGGGAUGGAAAAAAGUUUGAAAAAUCUAGACCUGCAUAGCAAUCACUUUCUCAAGAAUAGCAAACGGUAUGAACAUCUGCCUUGUCGAUUGCAUACAUUUUCAUCAGAUUCCCUCGAAGGCGUUGAAGCCACUGUCGGUACUGACGGCUCUGGACCUGAGCCACAACAAGAUCAGGAAGGUGAAGAGGAGGUCACUGAGGGGUCUGCAGGCGCUCGCCAGUCUCGACCUCAGCCACAACAAGAUUAA